UAUUCAACGGUGUUUAACUCCACCUCCGAUGGCGGCGUACCCCGUCAAGGGUGGUAGUUUGACCAGACGACGAAGGGAGUGGCUGCUCCUUUCUUCCGGUCCGCCUUUUGAAGCUCCGUUCAUGGCGUCUCCAUCUUCUCCCUCCUUGAACCACCUCCACCUCCACCUUUGAUGCUCCCCAUCUCUUCUCUCCGACAGAAGAGUAAAGCAAGAAUCGCACCCAAGAAGUCAAAGAUGAAUCUUGAAUCGGCGUCGCCCGCUGCCAUCUCCCUGUUCUUCGCAGUUCUUUCUCUCACUGCUCUCUCCCCAGCUUCCGCCGCCGCCCCCGCCGCCGCCACCAACGGAUCGACAUGCCCUCUGGAUCUCAGCUACGUGCGCACAAUCCCUUGGAACAGUUCGAAUUGCCAACACCCCAGCUUCGAACCCAACGCUUCCCUCAGCGACAAUUCUAAGAACCCCUGUUGCCAGAACCUCCUGUCCCUCUUCGGCGUUGGUUUGGCUCAGAGCCUCCGACAGACUUCUCUGUUCCAACUCCCAGACCUCAACUCCUCCAUUUCUUGCCUCCAAGACUUUCAAUCCGCCCUCACUUCUCUCUCUCUCGCCACCGAUCUUGUUUCCCACUGCCUCGACCCUUCGCAGUUCCUCAUCACGCCCUACUCUUGUGCCCACAUUCACACUACGCAGGACUGGGUCAGGGAACUUGGCAACUCAACGAUUCUUGAUUCGGCCUGCAAGCCCGACCUCAAUGUUUUGACCUACUGUGACCAGUGCGUGUCUGCUGGUUUGAGCGUCCAAGCCGAGCUGCAAUCCAUCAGUGGUAACAAUCCCAAUACUACGGAUUGCUUUUAUUUCACUAUUCUGUAUGCUGCUGGUAUUGUCAAUGCUUACGGGCCCAAGAGUAAUGGCGCGCUGACGUGCAUUAUGGCAUUGUCAAUCAAUAAGCAAGGGAGUUCGGCUGGUAAACGGCACACUAAUCGUUUUGGCUUGACUGGUGCUGGUGUUGCGGUCAUAGUCAUGUCUUGUUUGCUGGGUUUGUACUUUUGGUAUGAUAGGAUGAGUAAGAGGAGGAGGAGAAUUCAGGGGUCUAAUGCAGAUUUUAGUCUUGACCAGGAGGAAUCAGGGUCUAGGGCAAGGCCAAGGCCUAAUACGGGGUCUAUUUGGUUCAAAAUUCGUGAUCUUGAGAAAGCAACCAGCAACUUCUCACAGAAGAAUUUCAUCGGGCGGGGUGGUUUUGGAUUGGUUUUCAAGGGAGUUCUAUCUGAUGGGACGGAGGUUGCUGUCAAGAGAAUUAUCGAAUCAGAUUUCCAGGGGGAUGCUGAGUUUUGCAACGAGGUCGAGAUUAUUAGCAAUUUGAAGCAUAGGAAUUUGGUGCCACUUAGGGGAUGCUGUGUGGUAGACGGAGAUGAUAAUGAUGAUUAUGAUGAAAUGAGUGGCCAGAGAUAUCUUGUCUAUGAUUACAUGCCAAAUGGUAAUCUCAAUGAUCAUCUUUUCCCAUUGCCCGAUAAUCAAAGUGGGAAGAAGACAUUGACCUGGCCAAAGGAAAACAUUAUUUUGGACGUGGCAAAGGGGCUCGCUUAUCUGCACUAUGGGGUGAAACCUGCAAUAUAUCAUAGAGACAUUAAAGCGACAAACAUUUUGCUGGAUGCAGACAUGAGGGCAAGAGUCGCAGAUUUUGGGUUAGCAAAGCAAAGCAGAGAAGGACAAUCCCAUCUUACUACCAGGGUGGCUGGAACUCAUGGCUAUUUGGCUCCCGAGUAUGCACUUUAUGGACAGCUGACUGAAAAGAGUGAUGUCUAUAGUUUCGGAGUGGUUGUUUUGGAAACAAUGUGUGGUAGAAAGGCUCUUGAUUUGUCUUCUUCAGGGUCGCCACGGGCAUUUUUGAUAACAGAUUGGGUCUGGUCUCUGAUAAAAGCUGGGAAGAUAGAAGAAGCAUUUGAUCCUUCGUUGUUGAAAGCUGGAGAGUCUACAAAUUCGAACCCAAAGGGCAUAAUGGAGAGAUUUGUGCUGGUUGGAAUACUGUGUGCUCAUGUUAUGGUGGCUCUAAGGCCAACCAUCUUGGAUGCACUGAAAAUGUUGGAAGGAGAUAUUGAAGUUCCUUCCAUCCCAGACAGGCCAACUCCCCUGGGACACCCAUCAUUUUGCGGAGAUGGCAACACUUUCAGCAUAUCACCUGCCUUAAGUGGGCCCAAAUUGAACCCUGGAGACAUGCUCAGGUUUACUCAGAGAGCUGAGGACUUCAAUGGAAUUUGAAUAUCCAGGGGACUCGAAAUAUUUACUACUUUUUUCUUUUUUAUCUUCCUUUUGUUAUCUUUGUUCAUAACCAUGUUGAUAUGAAAUGGAAGAGUUUUGGUAAUUUGCAAACGCAGGAGAGGAAAUAGCGUAGUUGAAAAGUGAAGUCACUGCCUGGUAGUGUGUUAGGUGUAUAUUUGUUACAAUUUACCAUCGGUAUAUGCGAGGCCAGGGUAACAUCUCAUAUUUUGUCUAUACAAAAAGGAAGAUCUUGUUCUAUCUUCCAAAUAAGUGACAAA